AUGGCUACUUUAGAGGAAUUGGAUGCUCAGAGACUACCUGGUGAUGAUGAUGUGGAUCAAGAGAUUUUGAGUUUGCCCACACAGGAAUUGCAGACGAGGACAAAGUUACUAGAUAAUGAAAUUCGUAUCUUUAGGUCAGAGCUGCAGAGACUGGCCCACGAGAACAAUGUGAUGUUGGAAAAGAUCAAGGACAAUAAGGAAAAAAUCAAGAAUAAUAGACAAUUGCCUUACUUGGUGGCUAAUAUUGUAGAGAUCAUGGAUAUGGAUGCCUUGGAGGAUAAGGAGAAUAGUGAAGCUGUAACUCAGAGUGGGAAUUUGAAUUUGGAUAAUACAGCAGAGGGAAAGGCUGCUGUGGUGAAGACGUCAUCGAGACAGACUGUCUUUUUGCCCAUGGUAGGGCUAGUGGAUCCCGAUACACUUAAACCUAAUGAUUUAGUCGGUGUUAAUAAGGACUCGUAUUUGAUUCUGGAGACUUUGCCAUCUGAGUUCGAUUCGAGGGUGAAGGCUAUGGAAGUGGAUGAAAAGCCCACGGAGACUUACUCUGAUGUUGGUGGGCUCGAUAAACAAAUUGAAGAACUGGUUGAGGCUAUUGUACUUCCAAUGAAACGUGCAGAUAAAUUCAAAGAUAUGGGAAUCAAAGCUCCCAAGGGAGCUUUGAUGUAUGGUCCUCCAGGUACUGGUAAAACUUUAUUAGCUCGUGCCUGUGCCGCUCAAACCAAUGCUACUUUCCUAAAGUUAGCUGCUCCACAACUGGUGCAAAUGUUUAUCGGUGAAGGUGCCAAACUGGUGCGUGAUGCAUUUGCUUUGGCUAAGGAAAAGGCUCCAACGAUUAUCUUUAUCGAUGAAUUAGACGCCAUUGGUACAAAGCGGUUUGACUCAGAAAAAUCGGGUGAUAGAGAAGUGCAGAGGACAAUGUUGGAACUGUUAAAUCAACUGGACGGGUUUGGCUCUGAUGAUAGAGUCAAAGUGUUAGCUGCUACAAAUAGAGUCGAUGUGCUGGAUCCUGCGUUAUUGAGAUCAGGUAGACUGGAUAGAAAGAUUGAAUUUCCUUUGCCCACAGAAGACGCAAGAGCACAAAUUUUACAAAUUCACUCGAGGAAGAUGACGACUGAUGACGAUAUAAACUGGCAAGAAUUGGCAAGGUCUACAGAUGAAUUUAAUGGUGCCCAACUAAAGGCAGUUUCCGUAGAGGCUGGUAUGAUUGCCCUAAGGAACGGUCAAUCCUCUGUGAAACAUGAAGACUUUGUUGAUGCGAUCGGUGAGGUCCAAGCGAGAAAAUCAAAAUCUGUAUCAUUCUAUGCAUAA